AUGUACAACAUACCCUAUUCUCCCCAGAGUCUCGGUUCUCUCAGAGACACCGGCGCUGACAGCGACCCAGGCCUGAUCCGCGCGACCGAAGCCAUCGCCUGGAGCAGCAUCUUCCCGUAUGCCUACUACAUGAUCCGGUCAUUCGAGGUGCCGGAGCACGAAGUAGCCUUUUACGCCUCGGCCUUGGUCGGCGUCUUCACGUUCGGCGAGUUCCUCACGGGCGUCGUCUGGGCGCGCGUCAGCGACCGGAUCGGGCGGAAACCGACGUUGAUGCUCGGGACGUUCUGCGCUCUCGUUUCUGCCCUUUCUUUUGGAUGUUCCGGUUCUGUUGCUGCUGCCAUCGCUUCUCGUGCCUUCGGUGGGCUCUUCAAUCCCAACGUCGGACUGCUGAUGGAGGAACAGCGCAGGCAUUUUCUCUUGUCAGCUUCAUCCGGUCUCUUGGGUAUAUUCCAUUGUGUACCUGCCUGGGCCGCGGCUUAUUAUUGUUUGAUCAUCAACCUCAUUGGCCCUGUCCUCGGUGGCCUACUUGCGGAUCCAGUGACACUCUACCCGGCGGUAUUCCCGGGCAACUCGAUUUGGGACGCCCACCGAUACCUUCUUCCCAACCUCGCUGUCGGCAUCUUGCAAGUGCUCACCUUGCUCCUAACCUUCUUCUGCCUUCGAGAGACGCACCCUCGGUUGGCACAGCGCUACGAUCCGGGCUUAUCGGCAAUUCGCGCUGCCAAAUCUUACCUCAGGGGAGGCUCCGCGGAGGAGGUGACUUAUGCUCCGCUCCCGCUCGACAGCGUCCCCUCCGGGACUCUUGAGAGUCCUCCUGAGGCACAUCAGUUGGAGGCUUUGGAGGAGGAUUCACUGGAGAGAAAGGCGGCAUCGAGUCGAGUCUUUACUCUUCAGGUUGUGCUCGAAAUCCUGGUCGUUUCGCUGCUCGCCUUCCAUAAAAUGUCCUCCGAUGCCCUCAUGGGUACCUUCCUUUCCUUGGCGCCUGCGUCCGGCGGCGAUGACCAAGGCUCUAGAGCCAGUAGGCGAAGUGCAUUCUUCCCGCACGCAAACGGCGGCUUCGGCUUUGACACUCGGACUAUCGGCAUUAUCUUUCUCACCGAGGCAGUCUUCAGGGCGCUCAUUCAGCCGACAUUUAUCCCGUGGCUCAUCUCAAAACUCGGCGCGCUGAGCGCUUUCCGGACCGUUCUUGGACUGUAUCCGGCCAUGUACCUGUUGACUCCUUUCCUGCCCAGCCUUCCGUCUCCUCUUGGGCUCGUGGCCUUGCUGCCAGACUUGUGGAUCAAGGUUGCCCUGUCUUCUGUCGGCUAUGUUUGCUCGGCAGUCCUGUAA